UAGUGUGCCACGGGAGCUAGACUUGGUCGGACGGCAGACAGGAAGGUAAGCAGUUAUAAACAAAAAAUGAGGAUGUGUUCGUCUUCUGGCAACGAGGCAUUUCGGCGAUAUCGAGAAAGACGACAGUGGGUUCUCAUCGACUUGCAAUGAACAGGAUACGAAUCCACGUUUUGCCUUCGAGUCGGAACCGGGUGGCCCAGCCACCUCGUCCUCUGGAGCCCCAGGCCUGCUCCUUCACUCAGCGACCAUGCUCUCAGCCCCGUCUGAACGGACUGGAGUUCUGCAUCAAACACAUUUUGGAGGACAAGAAUGCCCCGUACAAGCAGUGCAGCUAUGUCUCUGCCAAGAACGGCAAGCGCUGCCCCAACGCUUCACCGAAGGUCGAGAGGAAAGAUGGAGUGACGUUCUGUGCUGAGCAUGCUCGCAGGAAUGCCAUGGCUCUCCGAGCUCAGAUGAGAAAGCCGUCUUCCGGUCCGUCCCCAGAGGCACUGUUGUCUCAACUUAGUGGAUACAACCGUGCAGAGACAAACAGCGCUGACGGAGGCCGCUCUGAAGCUAGCCGUAUUCUAGAUGAGGAAAGUCUGAGUGAGGAGGAGCAGGGCCCCUUGGUGCUAGACCAGACAUGGAGAGGAGACCCUGACAGUGAUGCAGACAGCGUUGACAGUGAUCACGAGGAUCCUCUGAAACAUGCAGGAGUGUACACAGCAGAGGAGGUGGCGCUCAUCACUCGAGAAAAACUCAUCAGGCUCCAGUCCCUCUACAUCGACCAGUUCAAACGCCUUCAGCACCUGCUUAAGGAGAAAAAGCGGCGAUACCUGCACAACCGCAAAGUGGAGCACGAAACUCUAGGGAGCAGUCUGCUGACAGGGCCUGAAGGUCUAUCCAUGAAGGAGAGGGAGAACUUGAAGAAGCUCAAAGCUCUGCGCCGAUACCGUCGUCGGUACGGUGUGGAAGCCCUGCUGCACCGGCAGCUGAGGGAGAGGAGGCAGGCUGUGACAGAAGGAGCUCCUCAGCCACACACAAGGACAGUGUGUGAGCAGUGCAUCUCCUUUGUGGAGGGAACCCGAUGUACCAACCCCUGCCUGCCUAUGACCAGGCACUGUGUCUCACACAUCUACCAGGACAGCAAUCAGGUGCUUUUCAAAAUGUGUCCAGGCCUGAAAGAUGUCCCAUGUGACCGAACAGUGCACAUGGGUCAGUCUGACGAUCCUCGCUGCCCGCUUCACCUCACCCUGCCUCCCCCCAUGUACCAGCCUGAGCAGGAACCUCCACCACAGGAGCAGCUCACCACUGCAAGCAGAGACAUGUAUCUGAGUGCAGCAGAGCUUCAGCCCACAGAGAGCCUUCCCCUAGAGUUCAGUGAUGACCUGGAUGUGGAAGGGGAUGGUAUGCAGGGUCCUCCGUCCCCCCUACAGUUUGACACGGCCCUGGCCCUGGAGGACCAGACCAUUAGAGCCAUCGCUGAGGCCCCGAUGGACAUCUUGAUCGGAGAAGACCCAGACCAGGUCGACCUGGACGCCUCAGGACAGGAGCUCUCAGAAAGAGAUGUGGAUGCCAUCAUGGACGACCAGAUGGUGUCAGAGGUUGUAGGAGGUGAAGAAGACGCCACUGAUAAUUCACUCCAAGACAUCGACACGGCUACGGUCGAUGCUCCCAGAUGAACAACCUCUGCAGCACUAUGUAAAGAACACGUUUCACUUCCACAAAGACUGACGCUGAGUUAACUUUACAACGGAGGUCACGUUCAGAAGAACCACACAGGCCAUUUCCAAUAGACUAUUAAGACUAUACAUUCAUUGAUUGUACUUCAGUUUGUCAUGUGGGUGUGUUUAUUUGCUCUGGGUUAAAUUGCCAUUAGAAUCAACAGUUUCUGUUAAAUAAAAAAAAACAACACAUCUUUUAUCCACAAAUAAACUGUUUUAUGAUA